UCACACAAUCCUCUUCUCUCGAUCCCCAACUUCCUCUUCCCUAACACAAAUCUCCGAUCCAAUUAUGUCAAACAACUACCGUACUUCCACCGGCGACCGGCGGAAUCCUAGCCGGUUGCAGCGCCGAGCUCCAGCAUCGAUUCAAAUCAACCGCGCGGCCGAUUGGAACGUCGCGAUACCGCUUUUAUCGCCGUUGAUUACUUCUCCGACUUCUCCUGAUAACCUGAAAUCGGCGAUUAAUCGUUUCUCUAAUUCGAGUAAUAAUAAUAAAGAGGAGGUGAAGAAAGAGUUACCGGAGAAGCCGGUAAAAACGGUGUUUAAGAAAUGGCAACAUCCUGCGGCGCCGUUUUGUCAUGAACCAGCGGCUCCGUUGUUUCAGUUUGUGUGUACAGGAACCACCAAUAGACGGUGAAAUUUAAUAGAUUUAAAAAUCUGAAUGUCUUAAUUUUAGCUGUUGAAAUAUACAUAGAUCUGAUUUUAGCUUUUUAUAAACGAAUUGUCGAUAAUUUUUUUUUUUUUUUUUUUUUUAUAGUUUUGUUAUUAGGAUGAAGAAUUUGUAUAAUUAGAGUGUUAACAAGUUAUGAAAUACUGAUUGAGGAAA